AUCAUAUUUAUUUUUUUCUAACUAUUUACCAAUUUCUACACCAUCCUAAAAGAAAAAGUCUCAAUGGGUUCUAAUAAUGAUGAUAUAUGUAAAGAAUGUGGUUAUAAUUCUCUUUUUUGUAAUGUAAACCAUUUUAAACACAAUUUCAAAAAAUGGUCUAGUGGUAAUAGUAAUAUAGAUAAAUUAAUCCAAGGUACUCAACUAUCAGCACAUUAUGAUGUAUCAAUAGCAUUAGAAUGGAUACCUUAUAAGAGACUUACUGAUAUUAAAUAUAUUUCGGAAGGAGGGUUUGGAAAAAUAUAUAGAGCAAAAUGGAAGGAUGGAAAUAUACAAUAUUGGGAUACUAAAAAUAAAAAUUGGGAAAGAUGUAGUCAAAAUAUGAUCGUGGCCCUGAAAAGUUUGAAUAAUUCAAAAAAAGUUACAUCAGAAUUUACAAACGAGAAUUCUGAUAAUUAUUAUGAACAAAAUGAUAAUAUAAUAAGCAUAGAAUGUUCAGAAUUUUUCCAAAUUGAUAUUUCUCAAUUAAAAAUUAGUGAUAAAGGACUUCCUCUAUUAGGCGAUAUGACUUUCAAAUAA